AUGGAGCCCCUGGCCUUUGACAUGUGGAGGGAUUACUUCAACCUGAGCCAGGUGAUACUGGCUUUGAUCCCUAGCCAGAGGGAAAGGUUGGAGGUCAAUGACAUUGAACAGGACACCCUGAAACCGCCACUGAAGAAAGAUCAGGAACCAGGGAUCUCUGGGGGCCUGUCGGGCCUGUGUAACUUCUGCAAACACAACGGGGAAUCUCGUCACGUCUACACCUCACACGAGCUGAAGACACCAGAUGGUGUGGUGGUGUGUCCCAUCCUGAGACACUACGUCUGUCCCCUCUGCGGAGCCACUGGGGACCAGGCACACACGCUCAAGUACUGUCCACUUAAUGACAGCCAGCAGUCUCUCUACCGUCGGAGUGGACGCAACUCAGCUGGCCGCAAAGUCAAGCGCUAA